AUGUCUGCCCACCUACAAUGGACGGUCACACAAAACUGCUCCAGCUUCCCGAUCAAGAGGAACAGGCAGGCGUACGACACGAAACCCAAUAAUCUGAAGGCCCACAACUCCUUCUGCUACAGCAGGCUGAUUCGCCACACGACGGCGGGCAUGGAGCCAGCGGCCAGUGGCACAGAUGUGUGGUGGUCGUCGUGA